CUGAGGGAAAAAUCCCGUUGCGAAAUCAAGCACGUAUGUUGUCAUUUUCGCAACGACCCGUUGUUAUAUUUUUCAACAACGGCUGUUGGUGAAUUGUGCACGAACGUGCUCAAAUUGACACCGAGACGUGGUCAACUUUCGGUACCAACAACAGCCGUGCUUAAUUUGUCCAUUUGUAAUAUUGGUAAUUGCAGCCGAUUACACACGAGUAAAAAAUGACAACGGUGGUGCAUGAUUCACACACGGUCGUUGUCAAUAUGACACCGGUCGUGUAUGAAUUAUGCACCACCACCUGCAUAAUGAUGCACCACCGUUGUUACUUUGUACACCGACGUGCAUGAAUCGUACACGAUCGUUGCCAUUUUAGCAACUACCGUGUAUGAAUCAUGCACCACCGUUGUCAUUUUUUUUACUCGUGUGCAAUCGGCUGCAUAUUUACCAUUUUUUCCGUGUUAUUGAAAGAGAAAGGACGCAUUGUGCAAAAAAUUUAUUGAAAAUGAAUAAUAAUUCGCAAGAUCCUCAAAAUAUCAUUGGUGAGUUGUUAGAAAUCGAUGGCAAUAUUGUUGUGGUUCGCGAUACAAACCAUUGCAGCAGUCAAGAUGCGGAAAACAAUGAGGACGAUUAUAUGUUAAGGGAGUUCUUAAAAGGAAUAAAUAUGGAGUCGCUUUUUGAACAAUUAAAAGCAUCACAUGUAACAUUUCGCAGCUUGCAGUACUUGAAAAAAGAAGAUUUAAAGGAAGCAGUGCCACCAUUGGGACUGCGUGUUGAAUUCAGAGAAAAGCUCUUUGCUUGGAAAAAACGAAAGCUCGGGAUUGAUGACGAAACUAUGUCAGUUCCAUCUAAAAUAGGUGAAUGGUGGAAACGCAACGAGACACCUGCAAGUACUCCUGGUACUCCCGACACUACAGGUUCGAACUGCUCAAAAGCCAAAGGAAUUUUGUCAGAGGAUCUAACGGAAUUGUUAACACAUACCUCGAAGGGGAAACUAGCGCUUGAAUGUAGUAGCGUUAAUAAGAAAUUAAGUGACGAGCAAAGAGAUGAUAUAAUUAAUAUAAUUAUUGAAGAUAUUUUAACCAACAAUGUUACUCUUUACACUCAAGACUAUAUGCGCAUAUUGGAUGAAAUUUGUUCCGUUUUUCCUCUUGAAAACGAAAUGAGGGAUUAUUAUUACAUUUCAAGAAAAGGAAAGAACAACGCAAGCGGAAAACUUUAUGCCAAGUAUAGAAACAAGAAGUCCAAAAGAAUAAAGCUUUUGAUUUCCGAGCCUAGCACAAGCAAAGCAGCAACUCACACAUCUCCUAAUUUUUGUAACAAAGAUGUUCCCGAAAUUGAUGAAUCAGUUGAAAAUUCAUUGAAAGCUUCCUUACUAAGAGAAUGUAAUGAUUGGGGAUCGAUCUGCGAAAAAUGGAAAAGAUCUUUUAACAUACGGCAAAGAGAUAUAAAAAAUUUAAGUAGCCAUACAUUUCUCCUUGAAUGGACGAAGUUGUCCGAUGCAAGAGCUUCAGAAUUGGUCAACAUUGAUUUCGAUAUUAUGUAUCCACAGAAAGGCAAUCUUCUACUUUCUAAAUGGGACCAAUUUAAGAAAAAAAUUUACAAUUAUUAUGGGAAAAAUAUUCAUAACGAACAUUGCAAACAACUCUUCGCAAAUGUUUUGACGGCAAGCAGCAUAGAUGCUCAAGAUUAUAUAUACGCAAUACUGUUGAAUUCAGUUUUACCAUCACCUGCUAGGUUUAAAUGUGGAAACGGUAAAUUACGAAAAAAAGUAACAAUAGCUGAUUCGCAGGAAAGUUUCGUACUGCGACUACCGACAAUUAACGAUUAUAAAAGGCAAAUUGAUACAGUCACUGAAAAGUAUUACAAUGCUGGAUUAACUAUACAGCCAUUUAUAAUUGUGGAGGGUUUGUCCGAUUUCAAUAUAAAAGGUUUUUAUGUUUUUUUUAACCACAAUUUGUUAAAAUUUCAAUCGUUCCUCGAAUGUUUAGAUACAUGUUUUAAAAUUUUUCAUGCACUUUCUUUAAAAUAUCCAAAUGCCUGCCAAAUUCCAUGGAUUUUUAUCCAAAAAUAUUUUUAUGAAAUUAAUACUGUAUAUGAUAUAAAAUCAGUUAAUUUGACUUCACUUAUUAAUUUCUGCAACAAUAAUUAAAGUACAAUUCAAAAUGUAUAUUUGCUUUCGUUGCCGUAAGCAUUUUGAUAAGGCAAAUCUUUUAAUAGCUCAUUUGAAAACAGACCAUUUAAUGUCCACUAAAUUUUUAAAAGUACAAUGCGUUCAGGACAACUGUAAGCAAACAUUUACAAAAUUUACGUCAUUCAGAAUUCAUUUAGAAAAACUUCACAAGAAUCACACAAAAGCUCCACCAAUGGUUAAAGCCAUUAAUGUGCCAGUUGAAAUGUCAUCAUCAAAAGAAAAUGAUUAUACAAACAGUGAAACUGUUAUUAACAACAAUACAAUAGAAAAGGAUUUAAAUGUUUUGAAAAAGAAAACCUUAUAUCUGUCUUUACAAUUACAUGGUCAAAGCUAUAUGCCUAGAAAUCAUGUUAUAGAAAUACAACAUUCUGUUUCAAUUCUGCUUUCAUCCAUUUCAUGUACAAUUGAAAAAUAUAUAACUGAUCAUCCAAAUUAUGAAGACUUAAGGUACUUACUAAACUUUUGUAAAAAUCCUUUCGAAGAAACUAGAACGGAAUAUAGACUUUUAAAAAUUUUAAAAGAACUAAACUUUUAUGAUGAUCCAAAGGUUUAUGUAAUUAGCAAUCAAGUCUCGGAAAUUGUUAUCAGCGGAAAUCCCAGUUUAGGUCCAAAGUUAUCCAAUAUUUAUAUAAUGCCACUGAAAUUCAUGAUAAGUGCCCUUUUUAAAAUUCCAAAUCUCUUAGAUUUGACAUUAGAAAACUCCAAAAAAAUCCUAAAUUCACCUGUUUUACAAAAUUUUACAAACGGUGAGUUAUAUAAAACUAAAUUAUUAAAAUAUCAGUACAAUUUAGUUAUUCCCUAUGUCCUUUACAUGGAUGAUUUUCAAAUUAAUAAUCCUCUUGGAACCCAUACAUUUUCCAUAUGUGGUUGUUAUAUUAGCUUUCCUUCAAUGCCACAGCACUUGUUGUCAAAACUUGAUUAUAUAUUAACUGCUGCGUUUAUACCAUCAAAGGAUUUAAAAGAACGUGGAAAUGAAGUUUCAUUUCACAAUCUUGUAGAAGAGUUAAAAAUUCUAGAAGAAGGGGUUGAAAUUUGUGUUCAACAAAGUGUUCAGAAGGUGCAUUUUAUUUUAGGUGUAAUUAUUGGAGAUAAUUUAGCAGUUAAUAGUAUUUUAGGCUACGUGCAAUCAUUUAACUCUAAAAGAUUUUGCCGGGUAUGUAGAAGAAAAAAGUCCCAAAUGCAAUCCGACGCAAUUCAGCAUUUAGAUGGUUUAAGAAACCAAGAGAAUUACAACUCAGAUGUAUUGGAAAAUAAUUUUCAAGAAACAGGUAUUAAAAACAAGUGUAUCUUCGAAUCUUUACCAAAUUUUAACGUCACUGAAAAUUUUUGUUUUGAUAUUAUGCAUGACAUUUUCGAGGGCAUUUGUGUCUACGAUAUGUCUAAUGUAAUUCUCGGGCUGAUUCAAGAAAAUAUUGUUACGUUAGAUUGUAUUAACAGCAGAAAAUCUUUAUUCCAAUUUGGAGAAAUUGAAGUGGGAAAUAAAUCUGGACCACUAGAUUUAUGUAGAUUGAAAAACUAUAACUUAAAAAUGACAGCUAGUGAAACUAUGUGUUUUACUCAUUUUUUACCUUUUAUGGUAGGUGAUUUAAUUCCUUUCUCCAACGAUCACUGGAAAGUGUUUAUAAUAUUAUUACAAAUAAUCGAUUUACUUUUAAGACCAAGUUAUAUAGGAGACGAUUUAAUAAAAUUGGAAGAAUUAAUUAGAGAUCACCAUUCACUUUAUAUAACAUUAUACGGUUCGUUAAAACCGAAACACCACUUUCUUGUCCACUAUCCCACUGCUAUCCGAAAAUGUGGUCCCCUUAAAUAUCUCUGGAGCAUGAGAUUCGAAGCUAAACACAAGGAAGCAAAAGCCUAUUUAGGAAAUACUACAUCAAGAGUAAAUCCCUGUCGUUCAUUAUCUAUUAAGUCUGGAUUGAAAUUUUCCAAUUUUUUAUUAAAACACGAAGAUAACUUAGAACCAAAUGUUAUCAUUAAUACGCAUACCAUCGAAGAUUUGGCAAAAGAGGAAUAUUGUUACAAAAAACGUAAGCCAGUUUUAAAUUACCAAAAUUGCAAAGUGUCUGAUGACAUUUUUUUUAAGGGAACUAGGUAUAAAAAAAACUAUUAUUUAGCAACAAAUAAUGCCGCAAUUGAACUUUUCAAAAUUAAACAUUUAAUAAUUGAAAAUGAAAAUGUUUACAUUUUAUGUAACCAAGUAAAAGUUAAAAACUUUGAUUAUCAUUUACAAUCGUAUGAAGUUGGUUCUCUGAAUGAGGAUACAAUUUUUUUAAUACCAAUUUUAGAUUUUAUUACUUACCCAUUUCACUUAUAUCCUAUGAAUAAUGGAAAAGUUUAUUUCAGAUUUAAGUUAAUUUAAUUUGUUUCUAUACAUUGAAUAUAUGUAAUUCGAAUUGUUUUGUUAAAUCAAAUAUGUAUUUAUAUUGAAUUUAUGUAAUUGGUUUCGUUAAAUAAAAUACUUUUCAAAAAAUUUCGUUUCUUCUACUAAGGGUAUAAAAUGGAAAAGGAACGGAUAUCAAAAAAUGACCACCAUUGAUUUCAAUCUGACAACGGGCGUUGACAAUCCGACAACGGAGCGUUGACAAUCUGACAACGAAGCGUUGACGAUCUGACAACGAAGCGUUGACAAUCUGACAACGGGGCGUGCUCGAAAUGACCACGUAUGUGCUCAUUUCAUGCACAUCUGUUGUUGAAAUCGUUGCCAAAAUCUCGGUGUCAAAAUGACAACGGCGUGCUCAUUUUGACACCAAACGUGGUUGAUACACUAUCAUACACGGAUGUGGUCAUUUCAUACACGGAUGUUGUCAUUUUUUCUCUGGG